UAAAAAUAGCUUACAAAGUGUCAAUUAUUAAGUGCUAUGUAGUAUGUAAACAAACCAAAUAAAUUAUAAGUCGUUUUGUGUGUUUAAACAAAAUCUGUUUAUGUAGUUCCGUAUUAUACCAAGAAAAUGGAUAAGCUUACUGUCAUUUCUGGAACUUUGUUUAUGACUGCAGAUGUUUUUGCAAUUGUAAGUCUUGCUAUGCCAGAUUGGAUAAUUACGGAUGUAGGAGGUGAUACUCGACUUGGAUUGAUGUGGUCUUGUAUAACAUUAUAUAACCGCCCGCAAGUUUGUUUUACCCCAGAUCUGCAGCCAGAAUGGUUAUUAGCUUUGAUCUGUAUAUUUAUGGGAUGCAUUUGUAUCACUACUACUGUAAUUUUACUUGCAUCAAGUCAUUUUGAUCGUAAUGUAAUACCUUAUGCACGCUGGGUUGGAUUUGCAGCAAUGGUGGUAUUUUGCCUUGCUGCUGUUAUAUUUCCUAUGGGCUUUCAUGUGGACGAAAUAGGUGGUCAACCUUACCAACUACCUAAUAGUCAUCAAGUUGGAAUAUCAUAUAUAUUAUUUGUUCUCUCAUUAUGGAUUACUGUGAUAUCGGAACUUUUUGCUGGAAAAGUCUGUCUGCCUCAUUUUUAAAAA